ACUCCCUUUAGCCAACAUGGCAGUCGGCAAGAAUAAGAGACUGACCAAAGGCGGUAAAAAGGGUGCCAAAAAGAAGAUCGUGGACCCUUUCUCCAAGAAGGACUGGUACGAUGUCAAGGCACCAGCCAUGUUCAAUAUCCGCAAUCUUGGCAAGACCUUGGUUACCAGGACCCAAGGAACCAAAAUUGCCUCCGACGGUCUGAAGGGACGUGUGUUCGAGGUGAGCCUUGCUGAUCUGCAGAACGACGAGGUCGCCUUCCGCAAGUUUAAGCUCAUCACCGAGGAUGUUCAGGGCAAAAACUGCCUCACCAACUUCCACGGCAUGGACCUGACCCGGGACAAGAUGUGCUCCAUGGUUAAGAAGUGGCAGACCAUGAUUGAAGCCCACGUGGACGUGAAGACCACUGACGGAUACCUGCUGCGCCUGUUCUGUGUUGGUUUCACAAAGAAGCGCAACAACCAGGUCAGAAAGACCUCAUACGCCCAGCAUCAGCAGGUCCGCCAGAUCCGCAAGAAGAUGAUGGAGAUCAUGACCCGUGAGGUUCAAACGAACGACCUGAAGGAAGUGGUCAACAAGCUGAUCCCUGACAGCGUUGGUAAGGACAUUGAAAAGGCCUGCCAGUCCAUCUACCCCCUACAUGACGUCUACGUCCGCAAGGUCAAAAUGCUGAAGAAGCCCAAGUUUGAGUUGGGCAAACUGAUGGAGCUGCAUGGAGAGGGUGGUGCAGGCGGUGCUGCAAAGGCAUCUGGUGACGACACUGGAGCCAAGGUGGAGAGGGCCGAUGGCUAUGAGCCCCCCAUCCAGGAGACCGUCUAGGAACAUCCCAACAGAUUUAAUAAACAUUGUAAAUGAC